AUGGCAAAGGAUCGACGCCCCGCCGGCGCCGCGGAGGGAAGCGUCCGUUGGAAAUAUCCGAACACCCUCGAGUUAGAGCUCAGCAUAGACUUGUGUGGUGGUUCAAAGCCUGGUCUGCCCUACGUAAAACUAGAAUUUCCUGACACCAUAUCGAGGAACGAUCAACGCGCCAGCGAAAUAUACCAUCCCUUUAACUCUUCGGUGCCUUGUAGCCCGCCAGAUACAUCCUCUCGCCGUCGAUAUAUCUGCGGCCGCGUGUCGCUGGAACAUUCUGGAAUAGGAAGUGCCCGCCAAUGUGCCGUG